CCGCCGGUGAUGAAGCCGAAGCUCAGAGACUGAGUGAGCGGAGUGUGUCACAGUGUCACUGUCUCAGUGUUUCAGAGGGCUGGAGGAGCUCAACGCCUAAAUCACAGCUUCACGGGACAGUCUAACGGACAGAAGCGUAUGCGAUGAUUUUUUCAUGUUUCUGACUGAAGCCGGAUUAAAAAGCCAAAAUGACGGUGGAUUUUGAGGAAUGUAUCAAAGAUUCACCCCGAUUCAGAGCGAACAUCGACGAGGUGGAGACAGAUGUGGUCGACAUCGAGGCCAAACUAGACAAGCUGGUAAAGCUGUGCAGUGGGAUGAUUGAGGCUGGCCGGGCAUACUCCAGUGCCAAUAAGCUCUUCAUCAAUGGCAUUCGAGACCUGUCCCAGCACUGCAAGGAGGAAAUGAUCUCAGAGUGUCUGGAGAAAUGUGGAGAGAGCCUUCAGGAAAUCGUCAACUACCACAUGAUCCUGUUUGACCAGGCCCAGAGAUCUAUUAAGCAGCAACUGCACAAUUUUGUCAAAGAGGAUGUGCGUAAGUUUAAGGAGACGAAAAAGCAGUUUGAUAAGGUGCGGGAGGAUAUGGAGAUUGCGCAGGUGAAAAAUGCUCAGGCUCCUCGCAACAAACCGCACGAGGUGGAGGAGGCCAGCAGCACACUCAUCAUGACACGGAAGUGCUUCCGACAUCUUGCCCUUGAUUACGUGUUACAGAUCAAUGUUUUACAGGCCAAAAAGAAGUUUGAAAUCCUAGACUCAAUGCUUUCAUUCAUGCAAGCACAGUACACACUGUUCCAGCAGGGAUACACUCUUCUAGACGAGCUCGACCCAUACAUGAAGAAACUGGCCGCUGAGUUGGAUCAGCUGGUGAUAGACUCAGCCAUGGAGAAAAGAGUGAUGGAGCACCAGCAUGCCAUCAUCCAGCAGAGGACACUGAUGCAGGACUUUGCCUAUGAUGAUACAAAGGUGGAAUUUAACGUAGAUGCCCCGAAUGGAGUCGUGAUGGAGGGAUAUCUGUUUAAGAGAGCCAGUAAUGCUUUCAAGACAUGGAACAGGCGAUGGUUUUCAAUACAAAACAGCCAGCUUGUCUAUCAGAAGAGGUUAAAGGACACUCUGACAGUAGUGGUGGAGGACUUGAGGCUUUGCUCAGUCAAACCUUGUGAGGAUAUAGAAAGGAGGUUCUGCUUUGAAGUGGUGUCCCCUACCAAAAGCUGCAUGUUACAGGCUGAGUCAGAGAAACUGCGUCAGGCUUGGAUUCAGGCUGUGCAGGCCAGCAUUGCCUCAGCUUACAGAGAGAUCACAGACAACUACUACAUAGAGCGUUUGGACAGGACGGCAUCUCCCUCCACUAGCAGCAUAGACUCAGCCAGUGAGCCACGAGAGAGGAGUGUUAGGGGGGAGACGCUGCUGCAGAGGGUCCAGUCUCUCCCAGGCAAUGAGCUGUGCUGCGACUGUGGCCAGGCUGACCCACGCUGGGCCAGCAUCAACCUGGGCAUUCUACUGUGCAUCGAGUGCUCCGGCAUCCACAGGAGUUUGGGUGUUCAUUGCUCAAAAGUGCGCUCUUUGACUUUGGACUCUUGGGAACCAGAACUAGUAAAGUUAAUGUGUGAGGUUGGCAACACAGUAAUUAAUCAGAUCUAUGAGGGCGCCUGUGAAGAAAGGGGGCUGAAGAAGCCUAGCCCAAACAGCUCAAGGCAAGAGAAAGAGGCAUGGAUCAAAGCUAAGUACGUGGAGAGGAAGUUCCUGAAGAAGAUGUGCGGCUCUGCAGCGCUGGUUGAGGGAGGCAGGAAGUCACAUCACUGGCGCGUGAAGAAGUGCAGAAGAAACAACAGCUCAGUCCGAGCACCUAAAACCCGCCGGAAGUACCGGCACGAUGGUGGGAGCAUAUCGCCAGGCAACCUCUCUGCAGCCGCUGCAGCCAAAUUCCGCAGAGAGUCCCUAUUCUGUCCUGAUGAACUAGAUUCGCUCUUCUCCUACUUCGACACAGGCUCUGGGCCCCGCAGCCCCGCAGGUCUCAGCAGUGACAGUGGCCUGGGUGGCAGUACAGACGGCAGCACAGACAUCCUGGUGUUCGGUUCAGUGGUGGAUAGCGUCACUGAGGAGGAGUGUGAGGACUCUGAGGAGUCCAGUGGUGAGGUGGAGAUUGAGCAGGAGACCUCAGAUCCAGAGGACUUGCGUGAGCUGCAUCCCGGAGCACUGCUCUAUAAGGCCUCUCGAACUCGCAACCUGCCUGUAAUGGCCGAAGCAUUAGCUCAUGGGGCGGACGUCAACUCUGUUAACGAUGAGGAUGAGAGCAAGAGCCCAUUAAUACAAGCUGUGAUGGGGGGUUCUUUGAUAGCUUGUGAGUUUCUGCUGCAGAACGGCGCUGAUGUCAAUCAGAGAGACGCGAGAGGGCGGGGCCCCCUCCACCACGCCACGUGUCUGGGCCACACAGGGCAGGUGUGUCUGUUCCUAAAGCGAGGGGCGUCUCAGACGGAAGUGGAUGAGGACGGGCAGGACCCUUUGAGCAUCGCCGUACAGGCAGCCAAUGCAGACAUUGUUACACUGUUGCGUCUGGCUCGGAUGAACGAAGAAAUGCGUGAGGCGGAUGGACCCCUCGGCCAGCCAGGUCAAUACCCCGGCAGCAGCCCUACAGAGCAGCAGUACAGGAAGUGCAUUCAGGAGUUUAUCUGCCUUACCAUAGAUGAAUGCUAGGGGGCGCUCCUGAGCAGGGAUAGGUCUGAGGGGACGGGGCAGCUUCCAGUAUGAGUUACUAUUAUAUAGCAGGACUUCAGCCUUUGUCUAGUUUUGGAACAAUAAUCUCUUCAGCCACAUUCCUGAUAGUUCUAUCCCAUGUUAUAUGAUGCAUUCACAUCUUUAGGAUGUCCACAGAACAAAACAGCACUGUCCACAAGGCAUUUAGAAAACUUCAUGAGCUACUGUUGCUAUAGUAGCAACAACAGGACAUUCAGUGUGGCUUACGCAAUAAGCAAAGCCCAGCUGAAUGGCUUAGAAUGGAUACAGGAUGAUGCUAUGUCAUUCAAGCUGAAAUUAGGGCAGUAGGGUGAUCAUGUAGGGACCGCUGAAUCUCAUAGGAGCGAGUUAUAAAUAGUUUGGUACGCACAUGAGCAGAAGCGUAGAAUUAUUUAGUCAUCAUGUACAAAUAUGACUGUGUGCACUUUUCCUACCGACAGUAUUUUAUUUUGUUUGUUUUGUUCAUUGCGUUAUUCUGCCUCGAGUGUGUGUUUUUUCAUUGUGUUUUUUUUUAUUUAUGAUGCUCCGCCCGGAGGACUAGUGCAAUGGUAACUGGAAUACGGAAAAAUCUGUAUCCAUGUACAUUUUCUCUAUUCGUUAGAAACAUAGCUAUUUCAGUUUUACUAACUGGACUCUCUCUGGCCUUGCAUUAAUUAGCUUGUUCCUUAAGACCAGUUAGAUUGGUCAGUUUGCCCCCAUUUAAAUUCCUCAUGUGCUCAAAUUACAGGUCUUUACAAGCCCUUUAAAGUUUUAGAAAGAUGUCACUUCAACUAAAUUAUUUAUAGAAGCUAUGAUAAUACUUGUAUGUUUUAUAUAUUUGAAUAUGUAUCCCCAAGUCCUCAAACUUCUUGUAAUGUGAUUUAUUUUUCCAAGUUAUGAUGGAGCUUUUGUCCAGGUCAGUUGCUUUGAACAGUCAGUCAGUGUGUAGAGCAGCAGUUCGUUUCUGCAUGCUUUCUGUUUGCCAGUUGUAAGCUGGAGCCAAACGUGCUUGCAAGCAUGAUCCCUUAUGCUGGCCAUCCGACCUCGUCGUUUUCUAGAACUGCAUGACUUUCCGACGACAUCUGAUGAUCCAGUUUGGAACACAGUUGCUUGAGAUGUUUACAUACGUCAGCACGAACUUUAUUAACUCAGUUUCACCUCUCGGCCCUGGACGUUAAGCGGAUCGAAGCAGCAGUUUAGUAGUAUGGUCAGUUAAAUGCAUUCUAAGUGAGCAAAAAUGAAUAUUUUUGAAGAAGCCUUUAUACAAAUCGCAAGGGACUACAAUGAAUUGGUGAAAAGCACUUUCUUUUCAGUAUAAAAAGCAUAAAAGUACCCUGAACUCUCCAUACUGCAUGUAUUUAUUCAUUAUCAGAGAAUAAUAAAAGUGCAGGUAUAUUGUCCCUGUAUUAAUGUACAAUUUGAAUGGAAUUUUGGAACAUUUCAAUUGGCUCUAAUUUUUUGUUUGUGAAACAGUGAAAAUAUAAUAUUAUGAUAUGCCAAAUUUUCACGACACACAUAUCAUUUAUCUGACAUACGAUAAGUUUAUUAGACAAAACAGAACCAGUAGUGCCACAUUUAAAAAACACUAUGAAUGAAACAAUUAUUAUUAUACAUUAUUAUUCAGCAUGUCACAUACUGCACUGCUAAAUCCAAAUUCAACAAGAACAAUUGUGCUCUCUUCUUAAAACAUGCAGUUGGUUAGUGUUGUUUCAAGAACGGACAAUAUCCAUGUUAUGCCCAGAAAAGCAUAUUGUAACAUAUUGGGACAUAAUUUAUCACAAUAAUGAUAAUGUCAUAUUGCCCAGUCCUAGCUCUAAUAUUCACACAACGUGAAGGGGCAGUUGGCAUUUUCAAAUGGUGUCCAAAAAAAGCAUCAAUAUGCACUUUUAAUAUUACAUUUUCCUUUAUUUGUGUCUUUUUGAAUCAUUUGAUCCCAAAUCUGGUAAAAAUUUAACAUAAAUGCUGACCAUGUGGGGCCCAUUCUGUUAGCAGCUGGUUAAAGUGUUGUGUCUUUGAGGGUGUAUUUAAGAUGGAUCUGUAUAAUACUUCUGAAUAUCUGUGUCGUAAAUGCACACCGACUGUUCUCGGACCCUUGCGCUUGACGUUAAACUGUGGUUCCUUUUGCUGUUCUCUUUGCAACAGUCUGUACAAUCCGUUUUCAUACUGUUAGAUACAAGUCCUGUAUUUGGAGACGUCCUUGUACUAUUUACAUGCCUGAAUUCUUAAAAGGAUCUUGUUUGUCUUUUAAAACACUGAAAAAAGAUCAAAGAAUAAAACUAUGAUGCUCUUGAGCUCCUUAA